AUGAGUGACUUAGAUGAGAUCUUUGGUUUCUUGUUCGCCGCCGGUGACGGCGGCAGCAGCGACACCGACGGACAUGGCAACGCGCAGCCGCCGAGACCGAUUCAACCUUUCGCUGAGCCUUCAUCCUCAGACCAAGGCAUGUGCCCUCCGGCGGCGGCCACUCUGACUGAACUGGGCGUGGGUUUGCCGAUGUCCCCAGAUGGCUUAGUACUCUUGGAGAGUUUAUUGGGCCAGCCGGAGUUUCCGGACUCCGGAAUCGAAUCCGCCGGCAUGCCGGAGUUGGGCGGGGCUGAUUCAGCCGGUAGGAGGGACCCGCUCAAGGGGAAGGCUCCACAAGCUGAAGAGGCUACCGUUAAUCAGGAAGCAAAGGUUUCAAGUAAAGACAUGGGAAAACGGCGCCGGAAGAACGCCGAUAAGCACAGAGAAUCAGAAAGAAAACGAAGACUGAACUUCAAGAGAAAAAUCAAAACUCUGAAAUCACUUGUCCCAAGCUCGGAAAAGGACGACACGGCAUCUAUACUUGAUGAAGCCCUAAAAUACAUGAAAUCACUUAAACUUCAGGUUGAGCAGAACGCUCAGUUUGUGCCCAUGGGAAGGAUGAACCAAGGAAUGUGCCAAGCAACAAUGGCAAGUGUUCCUCUUUAUCCUUCUUCUCAUGCACUUCCUCAUCAAUAUCCCUCUCCUUCAGUUGCUCCAACUCUGCCAUGGCCGCUCCCAGCGCCGUAUCUUCCAGGAACUGCAGUUCAGUUGCCUCAUGCCCCGUUUAGCCAGCAGCACGGAGGUUUCUAUUCGCCGUCCAACCUCUUCCCUCUGCCAUCCACAAGUCUUCGGACGUGGUUGCAGGAGCAGCAGGCGCCUGAGCUAAACAAGGUUCGUAAGUUCAUGAUCAAGAGUUUCAGAGCUAAGUUGGUGGCUUGUAUGGCUGCAUCUUAA